UCAAUAAUAAUAAAAGCGGAAACAGGAGGCAGGUUCAGUCCAUUUCUGGGCAGGAGCAAGUGCUUUAAAGCGGUGCGGGACCGUGGUGCGUCUAGUGCUUGUAGUAAAAAAAACACAUGCGGUAACUUCUGCCACCGCCGCUGCGUCGCCUCUUCCUUGGAGGUUUGUGUCGUGAAACGUGGAGACAGGGCAACCUCUUCACCGCAUUGCUAUGCGAGCCCCUGUGACCCCUGAGAGGAGAGGGAGUUGCCUUUAGUGAAGUGACCAACACCCGCAACAUCCAUGCGCGUCGAAAAACAGGUGUACGGUUUCAUCACAAGGACACCGCACUAGCUUCCGCUGUAGCUCGCUGUGUUUGUGUGUGUGUUCUGGAGUCAUUACUCAUGGAAGAAGCUGCUUAUAUGACGAUAUGUUGCGGAAUUAGUCGAGUGAGGCAGCUGUCGUUUUAAGGCUUUCUACAAGAUUUUGGAGUGUGUCUGUGGGAAUUUUUGCCCAUUCAUCCAGAAGAGCAUUUGUGAGGAAAGUGUGUCCCCCUGCAAUAGACCAGUAAGAAGUCAUCUUCAAUAUGAAUACAGAUAGCGGAGGAUGCUCUCGCAAAAGUGCAGCCUUGUCGCUCAUGCUCUCUCCCAUGAAGAGGGUCCAGAGCUCUCCAAAUCUAGGCUCAGAGAGUGAGUCUCACUUGUCAGACUUGGAUUCUUGGCGGUCCCGGAGUGUAACAGAUGGCCUUAAGAAUGGAGACAACAGCAGCUCGUCUCUUGCUGCCAAAGGCUUCCGCAGUGUCAGACCCAACCUGCAGGACAAAAAAUCUCCCACACAGGGGCCUCCCUCCCCUGACCCCACAGCCCGGCACUCCCCCUAUCGCUGCCACAGCUCAGAGUCUCUCGAAUACCUGCCAGGCCUAAUGCCCAAGGCUCUGUCACCCAGCCCGUAUGUUGCUAGUGGAGCAGGGGCAGUCAGCAGGCCGAGCCUCCCCACAGUCAGCGGUAUGAUCGGCGGGGGCUGCGCGUCACCCUCAGCUUCCCCCUUGACGGUGUCAGCUCUCAGCCACUACUCGUCGUCCACGGCGGGUCUGCUGGACGAGCUGCAGAUCUGUAGCCUGGACUCACCCGGUGCCUCACCCACGCCAUCGCCCACGCUCAGCCUUGUCUCCACCUACACAUCCACUGCUGGCCCUGAUGAUGUGCUAACAACCUUUGUGGCCUCCACUGCUGCAGCAGAUGCUGUUACUAAUGGCCAGGUCCUCUCUCAUGCAAUGAACGGAAGUGCUCCACAGAGGCCCAUGUCUCCUCCAUCCUAUCCUCCUCCCCCCACCUCCUUCAACACUGGACUCCAGAGACAGAGCAGGAGUUCAGAGGGCAGCGAGUCGUUUAACAGGGAGUCUGUGGUGCUGGGCCACACCAGGAUCAGCAGCACGGUGCCCAUCGCCCGCUUCACAGAAGAGGAGACAAAGGUGUCCAUUAUUAAAGCCCCUCAUUAUGAAGGCAUCGGCCCUGUGGACGACUCUGGCAUCCCUAUCGCCAUCCGCACGACGGUGGAUAGGCCGAAGGAUUGGUACAAAACGAUGUUCAAACAGAUCCACAAGGUUCACAAAGCAGAUGAUGACUAUUCUGACACGUACAAUGCGACAUACGCUGUCAUAAACAAUGAUGACUACAGUCUGUCGUCGGGCACCACCAUGGCCCACCCCGCUCCCCGUACACACACGUACAGGCCACUCGCCAAAAGCCCCUCGGACAAUGGAGGGCAUCUGGGCCCUCGGGAGCCUUCGCCAUCCCCUGUACCCCCACCACCUCCAUCCAUGCCAUCUCUCCAACUGAGGGCCAGAGACAGUGACCGUGAGAGAGACAUGUCCGACACGAAUCAAUGGGGUCCUCCCAACAGGAAAGUGGACACUCGAAAGUACCGUGCUGAGCCUAAGAGUAUUUUUGAAUACGAGCCUGGGAAGUCCUCCAUUCUGGAGCAUGAAAGACCAACCAAUGAUGACAUAGAUUUAGAGAACGAGCCUUGGUAUAAGUUCUUUUCCGAGCUGGAGUUUGGGCGGCCGCCUCCUAAAAAAAGGCUGGAUUAUAAUCCAGACAUCUCCGCUCGCCAACGCAUUGAGACAUCCCUGCAUAUUCCUCCUGCUGACAAGGCUCCAGAGAGACCUGCGAGUGCUGCCAGCGACUACAGGAAGAGAAGGAAGUCCGAGCCGUCCAAUUCCCAAGUGAAUGCCCAGUCUCACAGCAGAGCUGUAACUUCCCCUAAACCAGUGGAUGCCUACAGACCGAGCAGCAGCCUAAAGAAGCCUGUGGUUCGUUCCUCACCAGCCUCACCUGCCAGAGCCAAAGACCAGGAUGUAUCCAGGUGUUAUUCUACCAUGGAUGGACGCCACACACCGCAGAGUAGACGACCUACUCCUGAUAGAGAGGUCUCCCAUAAACAGAUGACACAACUUAUUCUGUUCUCUCUCCUCCAUCAGAAACAGCCUGCGAGAGCCAUUUAUGAUUUUAAGGCACAAUCUGCUAAGGAGCUGACAUUUAAGAAGGGUGAUGCAGUGAACAUCAUCCGACAGAUUGACAACAACUGGUAUGAAGGAGAGCACCGCGGACGGGUGGGGAUAUUACCCAUAUCAUAUGUAGAAAAGAUGCCCUCCUCAGAGAAGCAGCAGCCGAUCCGUCCUCCUCCACCAGCACACGUCAGAGAGAUCGGAGAGGCAAUAGCUCGUUACAACUUUAAUGCUGAUACUAACGUUGAGAUGUCUCUCAGAAAGGGUGAGAGAGUCAUUGUGAUAAGGCAGGUGGACCAGAACUGGUACGAGGGGAGGAUCCCAGACACAACCAAACAGGGCAUCUUUCCUGUGUCGUAUGUUAACAUCAUCAAGCGCUCCCCGUCCAAGAGCUCCGCCCACCACAUAGACCCACAUGGUUACCCCAGCGACAGGACACCCAGCUCUACACCUACCAAGCGAUUAGUACAGGAUGCACUGCAUGGUGGAGGAGACCCGUACCAGGCCGUGUACAACUACAUGCCACGCAACGAGGAUGAGCUGGAGCUGAAGGAGGGCGACAUUGUAGACGUGAUGGAGAAAUGUGAUGAUGGCUGGUUUGUUGGGACCUCGCGAAGGAGCAAGUUGUUUGGAACCUUCCCAGGAAACUACGUGAAGCAGCUAUAAUGAUGAUUCCAGACUCCGCCCCUGGCUCCGCCCCUUCCUGUGACACUUCAUCGCCCUCAGCACAGCACCCCCAGGACACCACCUCCCAACACCACUCCUUCCGAGGCCUGAGGCACAUUUAUGUGUGUUAUGUCAGCUGCACACAGACUGAACAUUUAGCUCUAACUAGCCAUGUUUAAUGGAAAACUUCUAUAAAAUAAUAUUCUUUUUUUUAUCUUAUCUUUUUAUCCUUAUUUUUCUAUGAUGGAGAACCCAAACUUUUUGCUCCAGUCAGUGACCUUUAACUUUUGAUGGAAAGAUAUCGGAGGAACUUUGUAAACAGUCAUUGAAAGGAAACAGCACCAUGUGAUGCUUCUGUAAGAUCACCACAACAUCACCUGGUUUUAUUUUUCUGCAGUAUGUCAAACCUUACAUCACUCGUUACAUUUCACUUCAGUGUUCGAUUACAAAAACCCCAAAGACAUUCAGCGCAUUGUGUUGUAUAAACAGUAUUCUGUCGACAGGUCUGUUGUAUACGAACUGUGUUGAAGGGACUGCAGCCAUGCAGCCAAUGUUUCAGGUAAAAGGAUGCCACGCUCCACACUGACAUGUGGAAAAGGGUGCAUGUAUCCAUGUUAGGCAUCGCCCAAUGUAUUAAUUGGUUGAUUAUAAUUGAGGAACAUGGAAGACUAUCAAUUGUCAAUAUUAAGCAAUCAUUUCAAAUUCUUAAUAUUAGGAAGUGUGAAAAUAUAAUUGGCCCUGUUGCACAUGCUGUCUGACCCUAAUAUAUUAGAUUACAAAUAUAACAUUUGGAAACACGAAAAAUAUUUUCAAAAUCUUCACGCUAGGAUUAAUGCACUUUAAGGAACUGUUAACACCAUUUUGUGUUUGUUUUAUCUAAAAUUUCACUUCAGAAUUUCCACACUACACAUUAAUAUGUGUAUGGGGCCUCGGGCUGUAUUGGACAUGUUUGAAAAGUGUAUGCAAAAAGGUUAUCAACCUUUUAGUAUUAUAUUUAUUAGAGGACAAUUGCUGGUCAAACUGAGGAAGAUGGAACAACAAGAUGUUCUAACACAUUUCAACAGCAGAAAACCCCAAUUUGAAGGCUUGGUAUUAUCUUGUAAGGUAUCUGUCCGGAUAGGUGCUGAGUUACAAAUAACACAAUAGUUCAUGGGCUACAAUCAUGCCAGGUGUAAUGAUGUUUUAUGUUGAAUUAUUUAAGUCAGGUGAAGGAUGAGAUAGCAUUUUAUCAAAAACUUUUUUUUAACCCUGUUGUGAGAGUGGGUCACUGUGUCAUGUACUUGUAUAAUAUAACGGAGGUUUCGAUCUUAGCCUGUCAUGCUCAGUGAAUAUGUUUUCUUUUUCUUUUCAUUUUACGUGUCUCACAUAGGAUGGACACUGACAACAAACAAUUGUUAAAGCACCUUAAAAUAUAUUUUUAUUUGAUCAUUCAUUGUCCUUCACGUCACCCCCUGUCAUCCACUGUUUCAGCUGGUUGUGUGUGUGUGUGUGUGUGUGUGUGUGUGUGUGUGUGUGUGUGUGUGUGUGUGUGUGUGUGUGUGUGUGUGUGUGUGUGUGUGUGUGUGUGUGUGUGUGUGUGUGUGUGUGUGUGUGUGUGUGUGUGUGUGUGUGUGUGUGUGUGUGUGUGUGUGUGUGUGUGUGUGUGUGUGUGUGGUAUUUUUGUAAGCCUUUUGUAUGAAAGCUGUAAAAUAGCCAACAUCCACUUGCUUUAUAAAGUCAGCUUUUUUCUCACCCACCAUCAUA